UCAUCACAAAGGGCCUCUCUCUCUCUCUCCCUCUCUCUCUCUGGUCGUAGCUGGGCUAGCUCAUAAAAAAUGGCCAGAAUUGGGGGUUUAGCCCUAGUUGUUGCCAUGGUCAUGGUGCCAAGCUGCUUAGCCACUGUCUACACCGUUGGAGACUCCUCUGGGUGGGCUAGUGGUGUGGAUUAUACCACUUGGACUAGUGGCAAGACCUUUAAAGUUGGUGACAGCCUAGUUUUCAACUAUGGAAGUGGGCACACGGUGGAUGAAGUGACUGCUAGUGACUACAAAACAUGCACUUUGGGAAAUUCAAUUACAAGUGAUAGCAGCGGAGCCACCACCAUCACCCUCAAGACUGCCGGGACUCAUAACUACAUUUGCGCUACGAUUGGGCAUUGUGGUAUGGGGAUGAAGCUUUCUGUGACUGUAGGGUCAGGAUCAACCGCAGCACCAUCCAGUAAUUCAGCAUCCGGUGGUUCCGGCGGUAACUCUACAGUUACAACCCCUGCAAGUACCACAUCCUCAACAACUGGUGUUGGGAUUAGCCACUCUAGCUCUCUUGUUGUGGCUUUGUGGAGUGUCAUUAGUUUGGUUGGUUUUUGUAUGUUCCUUCUUUCUUAAGUUUGGCAGGUUGGUGAGAUGAUAUCACUCUAAGUGCCAGGAUAGAGGCAGUGCUAUUUUAUUUCUUCUUGUUUAAUUUUAAGUACUCUGAGUUUCUUAUGUUAUGAUUUAGUCCAAUUUUAUAACUUUUUAGGGUCCAUGAUACAUUUAUGUAGUAUAAUUGAGGGUUCAUACAUAUUAUGCACUUUGCUUUUGAA